ACCGGAAGUGGGCGGAGCCCGCCGCCCGCCCGCCGCCCCAGCAUGCACCGCGAGCGCGAUCCCGCCCGCCGCUUGCGCCAAGCGGUGCGGGCGCCCAGGCUGGGCCGGGGUGAGAUGGCCGCCUCCUCCUCCUCCUCCUCAGCCGGCGGGGUCAGCGGCAGCUCGGUGACGGGAUCCGGCUUCAGCGUCUCGGACCUGGCGCCGCCGCGAAAAGCCCUCUUCACCUACCCCAAAGGAGCCGGGGAGAUGCUGGAAGAUGGCUCGGAAAGAUUCCUCUGCGAGUCUGUCUUCAGCUAUCAGGUUGCAUCUACAUUAAAGCAAGUGAAACACGCUCCCAAAGCAGCACGUCGCAGGAGGUGGAGUGUGAACAGCCCCCUUAGAAGCGCCCAGCCGCUGCGGGGCAGGAGGCACGAAUCCCGCACGUUUUGUGUUCGGCCUUUCGCUGGCAACUCGGCUCCUACUGGGACGUUUUUCCGAGAGGCUGCCGAGCUCGAAAACUUGCCGUGCAGCCAAGGAAGAAGGGCUAUUCUCACCUCCGCACCGCCGCAGCUCAUUUAAUUGAGAAUGGAGCCUGCGCGCCAAGCGCACAGCCGGUUUUAAAUAAAGCUGAGAGGAACAAGUUGUCCUGGGGAACCCCGGGGAGGCAGCCUGCCUCUCCCGGGUGACAUUCGUGUCUUUAGCAUGCUCUGGCUGCAGAGCGCUGCUGGUACAAUCACCCAGGCCCUUCUCAAAGGCCCGUCAUUAAAAUGAGGAGUUCCUCACGCUGCACCCAGCCCUGCCCGGGGCUCUGCGCAGGCCAGGCCUUCCCUAAACCUCUCUCUCCUUUUGCCCCAGAAAUAUUUAUGCUAAAGAAGUGAGCCCCACGCUGUUCUCACCUCCUUACUGGCCUCGUGGUUCCCCGGUACGACUUGGAUUUUUAUGGCAGAGGCAGGGACGGGUAAAAUACAGCUUCACCAUCAGCCGAAGCAGGAAAGCCUGUCCCUUUUGCUUUCUGGUGUGAUCCGGGGAGGUCUUCUCGCCGUUUGCACGGGCUGUAGGAGUGGUUCUGCGUUCAGUCAGCUUUUGGUGGGGUUUAUUCUACGCUCCCUCCGUUCCCCACCGACAGCUGGGAAUUUACGUCUAAUUGAAAGGCUUAAUUGCAGUGUCGUUGCAAACCGCAGUUACCUUUGAACUUCUCGCAGAUCAACAAGUUGCACGGAUGGAAAAACUCGCCGGGCUGGUGGAGGAGCUGGAGGCAGACGAGUGGAGGUACAAGCCAAUCGAGCAGCUGCUGGGAUUCACUCCCUCCUCGGGCUGAGCGCGUCUGGACGGCUGCUGCCGGGGAGCAGGGGAAAGGCACUCUCUGGCCUGACUUCAAAACACACCACCGUUUAUCGGGAUGCUUACAGCUGCAUCAGCAGGAUUGGGCUUUUUGUUGUUCUUUUUUUUUUUUUUUUUAAAUGUUGACAGUGGAGAUCCCCCUUUGAGCUGCCGGUAAAUUGAAAUUACGGGACUCUGGAAGUCUUCCACGGUGGUACAGGCUGGCAGGGCUCAGUUUUUGCAGCUAAAAAAAGGGGAUGAGUUUUAACGAAGUCGAAGAACAACCUUACUGCGACCAGAGAGGGGAAGACGUACAGCUUGGUGGCGGGGGAGGCAGCCCAGUAACUCAGUCCUGCGCUUCCCGGGGGCCUGCUGGAAGGGCCAGGUGACGGGCUGGCUGGGAAGCGAGCGUUCUUGCCACUCGAGCCAGGCCUCUGCGGAGCAGCAGUACGGAGCCCUGCCAGAAACACUCUUCAGCCCCAGCCCUUCCUUUGGGGAAUUGACAGGAUGAGACCCGUCCUGGGUCAGCUGAGAAGGGGCAAGCGGUGACGCUUGCUGCAGCAGUACCUCAGGUGUUGCUGAGGCUGUUUUCUCUCCACUGCUCUCUCUGUUGUCCGCGCAGAGUGCUGCUGGGGCGUCGCUCUGUAGUGCGGAAGCUGUACCCUUAAUACCCCGAAACCCUUUUCAUUACAUAUUAGAUUGCUCUGUGAUAAUAAAAUAAUUCUGUCUUUGAAAUCAUUUCUCUUUUCACAGCUUGGGGUGGUUCCGAUGAAAGAAACUGUCAGCUGUUGAGUGUAGUUUAAUGAAGUUCUGAGGCACCUUGGCUGUUGUAAUGCCCAGCCACAUCUGGAUUGAAACUGAGAGGCAAUCGAAUCUGUACACGUUUCAGCAGUUUCACCAGCAAUCUGCGGUAACAAGAGCAAGGAGGAAAAGCAUGCGGCCAUGUUUUGCAUUUGUUUCUGUUUAUAAAUUAGUCCUGGUGUCA